UGUAAGGAUAGCCCAGUCAGCCAUGGAGCCAGCUGCUUUACAGAUGUGGAGAUGGCUAGCGUUUGCUUGCUUCAGCUGGACAUGUUUGGGCCAGGUUGCUUCAGUACCGUACUACAUAGUGACCAUCCCAGCAGUACUGGAGGCCGGGGCUGGAAGCAGGUUCUGCCUGAGUCUGCUCAGGCCAAAUGAGACGCUGCAGAUGACUGUCACUCUGAUGUCCGAGGACGAGAACAUUACGCUGUUUCAGCAAACCUCCGAUAAACAGUUUCGCCAAUGCAUUCUUUUCAAGGUUCCAAAAGUGCAGAAUUCUGUACAGGAAUUGGAGGUUAUUCUUCAAGGCCAAGACUUUGUAAUGAAAGAAGUGAGGAAAGUGAUGAUCAAAUCUUACAACCCACAGACGUUCAUCCAAACGGAUAAACCCAUCUACCUCCCAGGACAAACUGUACAUUUCAGAGUGAUAACCCUUGACAGCAAACUCAGAUCAGUCAACAAGCUGUACAAGGACAUUUUAAUCAAGUAUGGCACAAACCGGAUUGGACAGUGGUUGAAUCAGGCACCGAACGGAACAUUACUGCAGCUUUCUUACAAAUUGAACUCUGAGGCACCUGUUGGAACAUACCGGAUUGAGUUGUGGAAUGUGGACGACGAAGUCCAAUUUUCACAAAGCUUUGAGGUGGAGAAAUAUGUUCUGCCAAAGUUUGACGUGAAGGUGAUGGCGCCUAAAGAAAUGAGUGUUGCUCAAGAGGACAUAACAGCAGAAGUGUGCUCAACCUACACAUACAAACAACCUGUGCCAGGCACCGCUUCGAUGCAUAUCUGCCGACCUCUGGAUCAUUAUGUCAUGAUUCCAGUGAGGUUAUCGCCCAACCACCCAGAGGGAGAACCUGAGUUUGUUGUCCCUUGCCACAAAGAGACUAAAACAGGUAGGCUUGACAAGACUGGCUGUGCAACAUUUAACUUCAACAUGGCACUUUUUACACGUGUAGAAAAGUUGGUAAGGACUGAACUUUCUGUCACCGCGGAAGUGGAAGAGGAAGGGACAGGACUCAAUUACUUGGGGAGUGAAACAAUUCAACUUUCUUACGUGAUUGGAAAACUUUCAUUUGUUGAUACGCCCGAGGUUUAUAAGAAAGGAUCGGUUGUGGAAGGCAAGGUGAAGGCAGUAUACUUCAACAACACGCCCAUCCCAGACAUGUUGCUCCAUCUGUUUGAGGGUGAGAGGUGGUCAGAGAAAAUGCUAAGUCAAAACCUCACCACAGAUAGUGAUGGUAUUGCCAGUUUUUUAUUUGACACAUCCAGAUAUCCAGCCGACUUCCAAUUUACAGUGUCUGCGCUGCCCAUAUACCAAGAGUACCAAGGGUACAGAACUCCUCACUACGAAGACGGCGAACACACCUUCAUGCUGUUCAGGCUCAAAACAAAGGACACUCCAACCAUCAGCUCCCUGGAGGUGAAGAAGAGGGAGACCAAGCUUGUCUGCAACGUGGAGGAACUCAUCAAUGUCCGCUUCGCUUUUGUUGGGGAGGCCCCGGGCCCCGUGGAUAUAAUGUAUCUGAUCUUGGCCCGAGGAGCCAUAUCCAGACAAGGACUCAUGAAGGUUGAAGUUCUGGAUGAACCUGUGACCAAGGGGGAAGUCUCCAUCAAGUUGGAAGUGUCUCCCGACAUGGCGCCAUUGGUCCAGGUGGUUGUGUACGCUGGCCUUCCCAGUGAGAACGUCAUUGCCCACAAAGCUGAUUUCGACACAGAGAAAUGCUUCGCUACCAAGGUCUCGCUGGAGUUUUCUCCCAGUACAGCCGUCCCAGGCGAAGAGAACAGACUGCAGCUGAGAGCCAACCCAGGCUCCCUGUGUGGCAUCACUGCGGUGGAUCAGAGUGUCCUUAUCAAGGAGCCCGGGAAGAAGCUGACUGCUGACAAGAUUUUUAACUUGUUGCCAGUCCAGAGAGCAAGCAUGUAUCCAUAUGAAGUCAAUGAUCCUGAGGCUUGUUUGAGGGUGAGAUCCAAAAGAUCUAUCCUGCCAUACCCAGUCCAUGAUGACAGCAACGCGUAUUCAGUAUUUGAGGGAGUGGGGCUGAAGAUGUUGACAAAUUUGGUUCUCAAAUCACCUUCCUGUGUCACGUACAAUGGUGUAAACUACUACCAUCACACGCAUGGGUGA